AUGUCGGGGCAGCGUUCCCUCCACUGCAGGACCAUGAACGCAAAGACUGUCGCCUACACCUCUAUAGGGCUCUCCAUAGGAGCCACAGUGCUGAUCGCGAUGUUUGCGACUCGUCUAUCGGCCAUACUUGGAGAAAUUUCCAAAGAAAUUGAGAGCGAUAUGAACGAGUUCAAGCUGAUGGAACAGCAGGCAACAGUCCAUGUCCGUGUUGGUCGUGCAGCGAAAAGACAUCAUGCGCAUCAACAUCAGCAUGCACAAGCCAGAAGAGAAGCAUCACCACUACCGGGAGCACCGAUACUAAGAUGGGAACGUCAGACUGGUGGAGAUUGUCAAUGUAACAUCGACGCAAAUUGCCCGGCUGGACCUCCUGGACAGCCGGGAAUGCGUGGGGAAGACGGUACCCCUGGAGAGCCGGGACAGCGUGGUGCAUCAGGAAUGCCUGGUAACUUCCCACCGGUGGCGAUGGAUGCUACAGGACGUUGUAGAGUGUGUCCUCAUGGUCCACCUGGACAACCCGGACCUCCUGGACCUCCCGGAGUGCCAGGUGCUCCCGGACCAAGCGGUAGUGUCGUCAGUGCUGGUUCUCCUGGACCUCCAGGCUUGCCAGGACAACCCGGUCAACCCGGAGAAGGCGGUCGCCAUGGAGCACCAGGACCACCCGGUGACAGAGGAGAAAACGGAACGCAA